AGUUCAGUUCGAUCUGUGAAAGAAAUCAUGAGUUUCUUCAAGUUGGAGGAGGUGCAAUGCGGCCCCCUCAAGCCGAGGAAAUGCAACGCGGUUGCCAUCGGCAGCCCGAACGUGUGGUGGGGAUACAGAUUGCGCGAGAGGACCGGUUGCAAGAAGGUCCCUAUACCCGAAUCGUACGAGAACUUCAAGGAGGAGAAGAGGAGGGACUAUGAGCACGUGACGAAGAUCAUAGAGUUCGAGAAACACUCGAACUGGAGGAUCAGGAGGAAGGGUAUCAGGCAGCACGUUCAGCAAGGUACUUGGGAGGAAUGUAUGGGGUGUUGGUCGUCAGGACACGCGUUGAAGUAAGAGGUCUGAUAUCUCACGAAGACAUGGUGAACGUGCGUCGGGAAAAAUUGCGAGAGAUACUGUUGAAGGAAGAGAUGGGGUUGAUCCACGAGGUGAUAGACCAGGCCCAGCACGGUGCCGACGCAAGAAUGGACGAUAUGCGGCGCACGAUAGAAGAAAUACGCAAAGAGGAGGAGGAGCAACGGUUGGCUCUGCUGGCCAAGAAGAGGAUGCAACAGUACACGAUGGGAAACGUGCUCCUCCGGGAGGAAUUGUCGAAGAGGGCUAUAAUCGAAGCGAAACAAAUCAAUCUCGUCCAAAUGGUGGAGAACGAGGCUAAGAAGCGGGCUGACAAAGAGUUGGAUGAUUUCUGGCACCAGAUGAUGCUGAAAGAGGUGGAGGCGAAGAAGCAGAGGGACGUGGAGGAAACGAAGAGACGUAGCCUCCUCCAAGAGCAGGACACCCUCGUUCUGUUGAAACAAAUUGCAGGGAAAUCGGCUUUGGAGGAGCACAAGAAGCAGAUACGGCAGGAGGACGUGGAGCACAUGGAACGUCUACGGGAGGUGAUUCGCAAGGAGGAGCUCGACAAGUUGGAGAAGGAUCGCGAGAGGAAGGAAAAGAUGAAGAAGGAUCUGCUGGAACAGAUUCAGCUGGCCAAGGCGAGGUUGGCGGAGCAGGAUCGCUACGAGAAGGAGAUGGAUCAUUUGAGAGGGGUUAUCGUCACCGAGGAAUUGGCGAGGGAGGAGGCCGCCAUCGUGGAGACCACGGCGGCUUUCCGUGCCGAGUUGUUGUCUUAUUUGGAAUAUUUGGAAAAAUUGAAGAAACAGGAGAAGAGGAGGAACGUAGAGAUUGACCGACUGGUGCAACAGUCCCUGGACGAGGCGGCAGCCAGGCGCGACAAAGCGGUGAAGAGGUUCAAGGAGGCUAGACAAAAGCUUCUGCAGGACGCGAUCGAGGGCCGCGAGAUACAGAUGAGGAUGAAAUGCGAAAGGGAGAGGAAGGAGGAGGAGGAUCGUUUAUUGGAGAAGGAGAUGUUGGAGAAGGAGAUAGAAAUAGAAGCCAAGUUGACCGCCAACGCGAAGAAGGAAGAGAGGGAGAGGAUGUUGUGCUACAAGAAAGAAUUGGAGGAGCAGUGGAAGUGUAAGGACGAGACGCGGCGUAAAGAAGCCGAGGAGGAGAAGAAGAUGUAUUUGGAGGAGUUGAAACGUCAAAAUGACGAGUAUAAUAAAACGAUGGAGGUUUCGCAAGUUGCGCAUCCGUUUAAGAUUUUGUUGAAGGAGUGCGCGACUCGUUAUGCCGCGGAGAAAGAGGGGAAAUGUACCUGUUCCCCUCCGUCAGACGAUUAAUCGCACGAUUUGUAUGUACGAUUUCAAUUUUAACGAUCGAACCGUAUUCCAUUCGUUUAUUACAAAAUGAUAUAUAUACAUAUAUAUACAUCAUAUAUGUGCUUGCUGUUUUAAAAUACGAAUUCUCCGUUUCCCGCUUCGAAAAGAUCCACGAUCCACGCGGGGAUCUAUUCAGUUCCGUUUGAACUAUUCGCGCCAUCUGUGCCAACGUACGAAAACCUUCUCUAUCGUUAAGGUAGAAUUCUGUUUCUCCGAUCUUCAUCGAUCCCUCUCUUUUUCUCCCUUUUUUCACGGCGCGCAGAAAACUCUCUAGCGGCGCGAUAUUUAAAAAAGCGCCUCGGGAUCGACGAAAGAAAAAUCGCUCCAUUUCGUUGCUCGUGUUUAACGUCGCUGUUGAAUAAACAGUCGCGAAAUAAUUGACACGUGGAUCGGGCACGAGCAACGAUAAAUUCACCGAUUCACGAGAUUUACGCCGAUUUGACCGUAAAUCCGAUCUAUCGAAUUAUAACGAACCGAUGGGAUAAAACUGGCGCAAAUGGCGAGCGUCAACUCGAAUCACUCGUAAAUAAUCUCAUCAUCGAUGCGAAUUAUUUUCAGCGGCCGAUUCGUAAUUAAAAUAAUUA